UCAAAGAUAUCCCACUUUGCGACUCUGACGGACAGUAAAGAUGGCGACGGAGCCGACGGUGUGCACGAAUGCCCGGAGAAGAUGACGACGAUAAGCUUAGUAACUUUCGAGCCGUGGCGUUGACAGUGCACCCUUUAAAGACGUUCCGACAACGGCUCGCUAACUUGUUGACUUUGGUGACAGUUGAUCAAAUCUAACGGACACAACCGGCUGUGGCUCUAUCAUGGAGGAUAUUAACUCAAACAUAAACGCGGACUUGGAGGUGCGGAAGCUCCAAGACUUGGUGAAGAAACUCGAGCAGCAGAAUGAGCAGCUCCGGAGCCGAUCCAGCCUCCUUUCUUCUUCUUUCUCCGGCGGAAUGUCGGGUAACCCCAGACCCGUGAGCGCCGGGUACGAUUCUCCGGGAGAGGCAGCGGCGGGGCUCGCCGGGUUCACUGGGGUGGGGUUCGGCGGAUCGAGAGGUUUUGGUGGGCUUUUGGAGAACUCGCGGCUGAGCCCCAGACGGUCAUAUCACGGCAGCAGUUACGGAGGGGGAUAUGACAGUGACAGCGCUUCUUGUGCCACCUCCAACACGAGUGUCACGUCAUAUUACAACGAUUCGCUGGAUUAUAUCGCGGACGGGGAAACUUCGGUGCUGGACGAGGUGGAGAUCCUCGAUCUGGAGGACAUGGAUUGCCUGAACGAAGAUGAAGACAGCUGGUUGUAUGAGGCAAAGUUGAACAGUCCUCUGCAGAAAGCCUUGAGUCCCAUUGUGUGGUGCAGACAGGCUCUGGAUAACCCCAGUCCUGAUAUGGAGUCUGCCAAACGAUCUCUCUUACACAGACUCGACCUUACCAUGUCAGCAAAUAAGCGGAGAAGUCUGUAUAACAGUUCCUACAGUCCUCAAGUAGGCUACGGAAGCCCGUACAGCACAAACGCAGCAAACAGUCCCUACAGCAGUGGCUUCAACUCCCCUUCAGCCACUCCAUCUAGAGUGCCUAUCGUCAAGCAACUAGUUCUGCCUGGCAGUGCAGGUCAGCAGCGUGGAUCAGCUGACAGAAAUGCUCAGGCAGUGAGCCCUCAGUCCUCAGUAGAUAGUGAGUUAAGCACAUCAGAGAUGGACGAAGACUCUGUUGGUUCGUCCACCACAUAUAAACUCAAUGACGUCACAGACGUGCAGAUACUCGCCCGCAUGCAGGAGGAGAGUUUAAGACAAGAAUACGCUGCAACAGCGUCUCGUCGUAGCUCCGGUUCCUCAUGCCAAUCGUUGCGACGGGGAACAUUGAGUGAUCAAGAGCUGGACGCACAGAGCCUGGAGGAUGACGAGGACGCAGUCCACCAUGCCUUUCACACGCCUGUCAACCGCUUUAGCCCCUCCCCUCGGCAUUCCCCUCACGUCUCCCCCAGGAACUCACCCCGUUCUCGCUCACCCGUCCGCUCAUUAGAGUACAGCCGUGGAUCUCCCCAACCAAUCAUGAGCCGCCUUCAGCAGCCCCGACACUCUCUGCAGGGCCAUGACUCCCAGUCCAAUGCCAUUAAGAAUGAAGAAAAGUUGAGGCGGAGUCUCCCUAACCUCACACGAACCAGCUCUGGUCCAACUGCAGAGCCGGUGAAGAACAGCAGGAGCUGUGAGUCAAACCUGCAAGUGCCAAAUGGAGGGUCACCCAGACACCAGAGUCAAUCUGCCACGCGGCACCAAAGGCUCUCAGCGCCUGCUCGCUCCUCCCCAAAACCAAAAGAGAGACUGCAGAGCCCUACGUCUCUACGAGUUCCUCUCUCGUGUUGCUUUGGAGAGGAAGGAGAUUUCAUGCCCUCAUCCAGUAAGUUGCGGACUCCCGCUGCCCCAUCUCCCCUGGCUCUCCGGCAGCCCAUGAAGGUCAUGUCUAAUCAUGGUUCAGGCACAGCCACGCCCACACGCUCUAUGGCCCCACCCCGCAGUGGCCUGCCCCGCCCCACUGCUAGCACAGGAGGGGGUUUACCGGUGCCUCGCAGCAAACUGGUCCAGCCUGUGCGCAGGUCUCUUCCAGCUCCAAGGACAUACAGUGGUAUCAGAGAUGAGAGCUGGAGAGAGGGCUGCUACUGAGCAUGCCCAGAACCAACAGCACAAACUGGCUUUCAGUACAACCUGGCACUUUAUUGAGAUAUGACUAUAACCCCCACAAAUAAAGAGACUCAUUCUUCCAAACAACUGAUUAUACCCUCUUCCAGUUGACAUCAGAGUUGAUAUUCAUAGAUGUGGAAGGCAGGCUGGACACCACAGAAUGCCAAAGAAACAGACUUGGAUUCGGCCACUCGGUGCACCCUUACCUACCAAACAGCACCUGUAUUGCAAACAGCUUCGAAUCAUCAUCAAUCCUGCUUGCAAACCACCCCACCACAGAAGAAAUGAGACAACUGAAUAAUUUUCUCUGUAACAGAUUAGUGGCAAUCUCUUGUAUGUUGCAAAUUGACUUGAACAUUUGGCCUUUAAACUCAAGUCGGAAUGAUUUUUCUUUGCCGAUACAGUCACCAAUGUGGCAAUUGCAUUCUGUCAGAAUGUCUUUCAUAUCUAUGUGACUUAUUUAUUUGAAAUCAUUAUUUAAAAUAUUUCUUUCAAAGAGUAUUCACACAGUAUUGUGUUCUAUAAAUGUAUGAGCACACAUUUCUUUUUCUUUUUCUUUCUGAAUGUCAUUAUUGAACCUCAAUUGCAAAGCUAAGUUUCCAAAGCACUUUUGAUGUCUGAACAAUGUUGGACACGUUUUAGAAUUUGCGAACAAAUGUGUUUAGUUUGAGUCCUCGAAUAUACUGUAGAAAUUAUGCUUUUUCUCAAGGAGACAGUCAUGAGGCUGAGACAGAGAUCAGUAAGAUGUUCAAGGCCAAUUUCCCAAUUUGUGUUUGUAUGUCCUAACUAAUAUACAGGCUUGAGAAUAACUGAAUUAGAUGAACUGUUGUUAUUGUCAAAUUUUGUUCAAAAGUCAAUCUGUUCAUGUCCCAGUGAUAUUGUCUCAGUGGGUAAAGUGCAGUGUGGUUAUGUACUGUUAAUUUGGGAAAAUACCUGGUCAUGUAAUUUGUUGUCAUUCUCUGAGUGAAACUGAUAAAAGGCAGUGCCACCUGAACACAUGGUAAUGACAUCCCGCAUGCACACUAGCAUACAUGUGAGACUGUGCAAGUUUGUUUAAAAAAAAAAGAAAAGAAAAAAAGAGUGCCUAUAAUUGAUCAAAUUCUGUGAUUGCUACAACUGUUCUUUUUUGGUUUGUGCCAAUUGCUUUAUUUUGCCAGUUAGUUACUUCAGGGUUUUUUGCAUUUCUUGCUCAAUUUUAGUUUGAUUUUGUAAUUGCUUUGAUAACAUUUAUAUGCUUUUUGUAACAGAAGUACGUUAUAAAAAUCCCUGGAUAUUUAUGACUAAAUGCUCUGAUAAGAGGCUUAUUUAUUAAAUGGUGAGAUGCCUCAGUGUGGUGAGAUAUAGAGUUAGUGGGAUGCUUGAGCUUAGUAUGGUCAUGAAUACAUGACAUGACAUUUUGUGGAUUGUUUUUGGUAAAGGCUUUUAUAUCUCCACAAACAUGAUGCUCGGUUUCCCCUGCGUUAAAUCACAUUUCAAAUAAAAGCUGAAAACUGG